ACUGCUUUACUCCGUAGCGGCGGCGGCGGCCAAGUCCCCACCACCCUCGCGUCUCACCCCCCCACUCCGGCGACCACCGCCGCCGCCACCCAACCCCACCCCGAGGCCGCGGCUGGCCCCCCGUGCUGCCCUGCCUCCCUCGGCCACCGGCCGCCCUCGCCGUUCCGCUCCCUUCCCCCCUCCGCCGCCGCCGCCGCCGCCGCCGCCCGACCUAACCGGCGGGCUUGUCGUCGGUCGCCGACGCCAAGCCCGCGGCCGGGAACUGAACUCGCGGUCCGCCGCCGGCCGAACCCUCCUGCUUGACUGCUUCCCGGAGCUAAGGUCGGAGGCAGCGGUGGGAGCCCAAACUUGCUCCCGAGUAGCUCUCGAUUUCGUCGCUUGCUCAUAGUGAUUCCUGGUGUACUGUAUCUAUCCAUUGCUGAAUCUAUUCAGAGAUGUCUAGUAGCUCCAAUGGCAAUGGGCAUUAUCCUGUUAAUGGUGCAAAGGUUCUGCAAAAAAGAGAGAACAAUCAAGAGAAAAUGCUGCUAGACAAAAAUGCAGCUUUUAGGGCCUGUCAGAAGGACAGGCAUUACAUCGAGAAAUUGGAAACAGAACUGAGGAACUGCUAUCAGGAAAUUGACUAUUUGCAGGAUCAGCUAAAUAUCCGAAAUGUUGAAGCAAACAUCAUGGGAGAGCAUAUCCACAGUCUUGAACUGAAACUAACUGAACUUGAAAAGUUUCCUGAAAGAGUUAGAGUUAUAGAUGAUGAGCUGAUGCGGUCUGAUUCUCAGUGCUGGCUUCUGAUGGAAGAAGUCCGAUGCCAAGAAGAGAAAUUGAAAAAGGCAGCCUUACAAAUAGAGAAGCUUGAGAAUGUAAAUUUGGAUUCACAAUGUGAGAUUGAGAGCUUAAAACUUGAUUUAACUACACUUGAACAGAGACUGUUUGAUGCUGACAGCUUUGGUCAGCAUGUUUCUGCUGAUAAAGCCAUAGCAGAUAAUAAACUGAGGGAGUAUGAGCUCCAGCUGCAAGAGGCACAUAAGACUAUUGACCAUCUUUUACUUGAGAAUAAAGAACUAAAACGGUUGUUCCCUGGAGGAGUUGCCACUGCUUUAACAUCUGAUGAGCAAGUUGACAAAACAAUUGAGAAGAUUGAUGGUCAAUACUAUGAGAGGGGCGGUGCAAUACUUGAAAAUAUGGCAAAGCGAAGUGAAGAAUCUGAACUACUGAUUGAGCAGCUCAAGGAAGAGCUUCGAGAACAAAAACUGAAGGCAAAGGAGGAUGCAGAAGAUCUCACCCAAGAAAUGGCUGAACUAAGGUACCAAAUAACUGGCAUGCUUGAGGAAGAAUACAAGCGUCGGUCUUGCAUUGAGCAGGCAGCUAUCCAACAAAUCCAGGAACUAGAGGCUCAGGUUUCCAAAGAGCAGAGAAAAUUGAGUGGAGCCCUGAGGAAACUGCAGGAAUCACAUGAACUAGCUCAGAAGCAAUCUAUGGAGAUAAAGAAAUUGAAGGAUUCUUUAGGGAGGUUUAACUCUGCGUUGAACCAUGGGACAGUUUGCAGAUCUUGCUCCUGCGGGUUCUGCGCAAUGUUGUUAGAGCUGUCUAACUGCUCUAUCGAAGGACUAGUUGAUGUUAGAUCUUCCAAUGAGAAGCCACAGAACCAAGCUCUACUAGAAUGGCGUCCUGAUGAAGAUGCGGAUGGUGAAGCCGGCUAGAACAUAGGAGUGCUAGAUGAUCACUUUUGCACUCAUGCGUGCAGUUGUUGUAGAUAAUUCUUUGUACCAACAUUGUUAUAUGUAAAUGGGGUUAAAUGCACAUGUAUUUGUAAAUCUUAGUUAGCUGUUUUGUUUUCCAGAUUGCUUUUUCUAGCUUUCUCUGGGUGUUGAUUUGCUUUUUCUAGCUUUCUCUGGUGUUGAGCUCCAAUUAGUAGUGAAAAAUGUAUGUUAAACUUCAUGUUUUUUUCCCAAGAAAUUUUGGGUGUGCCAUUUGUGCAGCAAGUUGAAUGCUGCAUCUUUUCCUUAGAUAAUGCUAGAAGAACAUGCAUCUUAA